AUGGGGAGUAUACAGAAUCUCAUUAGCGACCCUGGAGUGAUGAACCAAGUGAGCGGAAUGCUGGAGUCACUAGGGGGAGCUGGUGGGGGAGCCGGGGGAUUAGGUGAUAUGCUUGGGGGACUCAUGGGAGAAGACGGGGGAGGCCUGCAGGACAUGUUGGGAGGACUUAUGGGAGAGGAUGGGGGCGGGCUGCAGGAUAUGCUUGGAGGCCUGAUGGGAGGGGGAGGAGGCGGAGGAGGAGGUGGCGGUAUGGAUUUAAGUAGUAUCAUGGGAAUGAGGGACAUCAUCACCACAAGGACUGAUGCCACCACUAGGAGGGACACCAUCACCACAAGGACUGAUGCCAACACUAUGAGGGACACUAUCACCACAAUGACUGAUGCCACCACUAGGAGGGACACCAUCACCCCCAGGAUGAUGCCACCACUAGGAGGGACACCAUAA